GCCCAGAGAAAAAGAAAGAAAGAAGCCAACAAAAAACAACCCCAGCCGAGACCGAGAGAGAGAAAAAGAUCUUGUGGCGACGAGCGAGCGAGCGAGCAGAGAGAUAGCGAGGUCGACCGGGACAAGGUUGGUGAGAAGAGACCAGAGCGAUCAUGUCGUCAGCGGCGGCGGCGGCGGCCGGAGGGGACGGCAAGGUUAAGAACGCGUGCGAGCUCUGCGGGGCGGCGGCGCGGGUGUACUGCGGCGCCGACGACGCCACGCUCUGCUGGGGCUGCGACGCGCAGGUGCACGGCGCCAACUUCCUCGUCGCCAGGCACGCGCGCGCGCUGCUCUGCCGCGGGUGCGCGCGGCCCACGCCGUGGCGCGCCGCGGGGCCCCGCCUCGGCCCGACGGCCUCCAUCUGCGAGCUCUGCGUCGGCCGGGGCCGCGGCCGCGCCGCCCACGGGGUGGCCGGAGAUGGCCACGGCGAGCAGGACGAGGAUGAGAUGAUCGAGGAGGACGAGGAGGAGGAGGAGGAGGGGGAGGGGGAGAACCAGGUCGUGCCGUGGGCGGACGACGCGGAGGCCACGCCGCCGCCCGUCGCCAGCUCCACGUCCAGCAGCAGCCGGGAGGCCGCCCCUAACGCAAAGGAGGACCCGCCGUGCUCCACGUCCCAGCCGAGCCUCUGUAACCACGCCUCGCCCGCACGCCGCGCCAGCCGGAGCGACGAGGCCACCUCCUCCCGGAACGGCGGCCCCUUGUUCGCCUCCCGGCACAGGAAGAGAUCGACCUCGGAUUUCCUCAGCUCCGGGCCGGCGCAGUCGGUCAGCGGCACACCAGCGAGGAAUCGCUCUAGCGCGGCCUUUGGUCGGAACGACUUUUCAUGAGGCAACUGGAGAUGAUGAUGUAGAUUAUGGUGCUAACUACAUUAGAAGGUCGUCAGUUUUAUAUGAGAGCAUUGUAGAGAUGUGUCCUGCUGCAAGAUCCAACUUCCACCGAACAACACAUCCUUUUGGUCGUCGGCUCCACGAAUCAAGUUUAUGGGCACCCUUCCCAGAACAUGAUAGCAUGAUAGUAUUCGUAACUGUGACGGCUUGCCGUAGCUUUGUAUAUGCCCCAACCCUACCUCCUUGUGUUUGAUUCCUUUUCUCCAUCCCUUUUGUGGAGGCAUGUCGGCUAACUUAAGAAAUGAUAUAGCUUUGCAUUUGCAGUGA